CAUAAAAAUUAAUUAAUUAAACUAAAUUGCAUUCUAUCCUAAUAAAAAAUAGUUUUUAAAGUAACGUUUUAAAUUCGCACUAAAAUGUAAAUUCAUCUUAGAUAGUACUAUGAUAAUUGACUUUGGGAUUUUCUUUAUUAUUGGACAUUUCAUGCAUAUAUAAAGCUUGAAUGAUUUUUUUAAGUAUAUCUUGCGUAAAAUUAAGCUAACAAUGUCUAUGUGUAAAUUAAUUUGUUUGGAAAAUCUCCCUUCAGAAAUACUAUUUCAAAUUUUCAAACAAUUAAGCUUACAAGAUAUUAGGAGUGUAAUGCUUUCUUGUAAGACAUUUUACAAUUUAAUUAUUAGCGAUAACUUGUUGUGGAAAUAUCUUUUCAGAAAAAAACUAAUUGUACACAGCCCCAACAAAAGUUACAUGCCAAUGUUGCAAAUGUUUCCUGAAGUGCUGUAUGUUUCUGUUGGUUCUAAGCUUAAAUGCUACUCAACAAAUAUUGGCUUACAUAAUAAAUUGUUGUGGAGCUUAGAUGUUCCUAAUGCAAGAAGAUAUGAUGUGAGAACUAAGGACAUAUCAAGAUUCACAGUAAAGGAGAACUUGAUUGUUUGCGGGAAAAACGAUGGUUCAGCAGCUAUAUUUGAGAUAUUUGAAGCCAAAAGAAAACCUCGACUAUUAAAGCAUAUAAAAAAUUGUCAUGGUGAUGGGAACGUAGUGACAGCAGUUGAAGUUAUAGACCAUUUGUUAGUAACUGGGUCAGUAGUUGAUUCAAACAUAUGUUUAUUGUCACUUGAAAGGGAUAAGAAUAGUGUUGAAAUGAAUGUUAAAAGUAAGUAUGUGUCAAUUAGGGGAGAGAUAUGUAUGAACACCAAUACGGCUGAAGACCCGUAUCGUAGUAUAACAGAUAUUCAUUGGCAUAACCAAAAUGAAAUAGUUUAUGUAACGUUUACAGGUUCGAUACAUCUAUUUGAUAUACGGACAGGCACAAUUGUGAGUACCAAUUUCUUCAAAUCACAAUAUAAAUAUUUAGAUGAAAAUGUAAUAUUUCAGACAUAUGAAACCAAAGACCCGAUAGAUGCAUCAUUGCAUUGCGUUAGGACAGAUAAAGAACGGGCCAUAGUUGUUGGAUCCUCGCAGUUCUCUCACUGCGUACUUUACGAUUUACGUUCAACGAGACACGUGCAGAUGUAUUUUACCCAGGAAAAGUAUUCACCAGUGUAUAGUCUAGACUUUGAUUCAACAAAAUUGCUGACAACUGGCAAUAAAGGAGUGACCAUGUUGAGGUUUAAUGUGAACCCGAGAACAACAAUUGUACAGGACUACUCUCAAGCUUUUCGUUACUCUAAGCGUCAUACAUACAUUCGUAGAAAUUUACAGAGAUAGUUUUACAGUGAAAUGUCACAACCAUGAAAGAAUUUUGGGCUUAAUAAUGUUUUUUUAAUACGUAAAUUAAAGAAGCAUUUUUAGCUUUACAUCCAUGUUGUUGAUCUUGUUUUUUUUUCUUUGAGAUGAAGUCAAAAACUGUACAUAUCUGAAUUACGUCAAAUUAUUUGAGCUAUAAGUAAUAUAAACUAGCUGACCUGGCAAACCUUGUUUUGCCAUAUAAAUUAUAUAUGUAAACCUUCCUUGAGCUUCAACGAAUCUAUUUUCUUCAGUGGGGUCCACAUAUUGCCCAUCUAGCAGAUAGACUCAGCUCUGCGGCAUAUGCAGUUAGAAAGAUUAGAGAGUACACGAAUGUUGCGACCGCUAGAUUAGUGUACUUCAGUUAUUUUCACAGCAUCAUGACGUACGGUAUAUUACUAUAGGGUCAUGCUGCUUACAUUGAUAUAGUGUUUGCUCUGCAAAAGAGAACUGUUCGUGCUAUAUCAGCUUGGUUAUAGACAGUCUCUCAAAGAAAAAUUUAAAGAAAUAAAUAUUAUUGACUGACUGUUCAUUGUCAGUCAAAUCAUUCACCUUUUUGCUCUUAAUAGUGAUUUUCAUUAUUAUAACUAAUUCUAGUAGGCUUCAUAAGAUACAUAAUAGCUUUAAGGGUAAAUGUAUACACUUCUAUAAUAAAGUCUCAGCCACUGUUCAGGCAUUAAAUAUAAAUAAAUUUAAAUAUUUUAUAAAAAAAUGGCUCUGUCGUAAAUCCUAUUACUCCGAGAAUAAUCUGAAUAUCUAAAUGAUCGGACAGCCUGGGACUAGAUUGUGAUUAUUUUAUAACGAUAGAAAUGACUGUACAAUAUUGUAUAUAUUUUAUUGAAAAGAGCGCAAAAAAAGAAUGCUGAGAGAGUUUCUUGCGCCGCUUCUUCUCUCUCAGAGCGCCAUUUGUUUCCGAAGCGGUAGUAGUAUCUAGUAGUAUAAGAAAUGACAUCAAAAAGAAUUCUAAAGGAAUCAAUUUUGAGAAAAUAAAUGCCUUUGUAUGCCUAUUACAAAAUAUUUCAUUGAGAUCGGUCGAAUAGUUUAGGAGUUAUUAGGGAACAUACAAACAUACAUUCUCUUUUAUACAUAUAGAUAGAUUACCAACUGAAGGAGUUCAUGUAAGAUAGUAAAAGUAUAAUUUUAAAAUCCAAUAUAUUCUAGUCUAUAAUAUUAAAAUAGGAAGGUAAGUGAUGUAAAGGUGUGUGUAAAUAGUAAUUUUAAUAAAUAAUUUUUAGUACAAGUUGAUUCUUAUUUUUAUUAUUAUAUUUGUAUGGAUGGGCGUUAUUUUAAAAGACCAAUAAUAUUAUGUAAAUUAAAACCUUGAAACAAUCAAAAUUAUUUCCAUGGAUUUAUUAGUUUGUCGUUAUAUACAUAAAUAUUGAUGUGAGAAAUGAGAAUCAAAUAAAACAAUUUCAGUUUAAAUAUUAUUUUAUUGGCAAAAGUGUCUUAAUUUGGUUUCUUAUGCAAGAAAAAAAGGUAAAUAUUGUGUAGGUGCCUACACAAUAUUUUUAUAAAUAUAUUUACAAAACAAUACUUAAAUGUAUAUAUAAUACGUGCACUUUGGUGUAAAUAUAUUUACAACCAAUUUUACAAGCUAAUAUUAUAAAAAUACGAUGCCAAUGGAUAUCUUUUUAAAAAUGCAAAACAGGAACAAAUUAUUUGGAAACAUACUAAUCUUUUUGUAAGACUUACUUCAGAAGUAAAAAUAAAUUUAUUUAUGUUUAAUUACUAAACAUACAGGCCCGGCCUAGUUUAAUGCUAGUGGUAACUAAAAUAAUAUAAAAUAUUUUAACUAACUAUUAGAAACACUAGUUAUGUAAAACUAUAAUUACUUAAUCGUUAUAAUAUGCGCACUCUCAUACAUCUUCAUACUGAUUAAGAAACCAACCAAACUAUCGGCCGAUCAAAAGUCUGCAGUUUGCGGGGUCUCUUAUCUUUGUAUUUUUCAGCUGUUCAUAUUAAAUUUGCAAAAACUUGUAUUGUUAAAAUAUAGAAUAAUUGAUUAAUGAUUAAUAUAAGAUUAAUAGUGUAUCUAAUGUUACUUACUUAUUUACUUACUUACUUGAAUAAAUGAAUAAAUAAAUAAAAAAAAUAAAAAAAUUGUUCUUA